AUGGAUAAUAUUAAGAAACCGAAAUUAACAGUAAGCCGUAAAUUAUCACUUAAACGUAAUCCUUUAACAUCAUCAAUACAAAGGAAAAGGAAACAACGUUCAGAGAUACUUCGAAGGACAUCAGUCGAUAUUAGCAAACAUGAUCAAGAUAUUGCUUGCGAAUUGCCAGUGACUAAAACGUCAUUGAUAUCCAUAUCUACAUUAGAUAAAGGAUAUCAGAUGGAUCAAAAAAUGACUAAUACAAGUCAGAAUCUUCUAUCUCCUGUCCAAGAGGAGUCAUUUAAAGGAAACUUCGCUUCAAGUCCAAAUAGAGAACAACAUCAAGACGUUAGAAUUCUUAUGAAAGAUAUGAAUAUUAGACUUAACCCUAUUAGCCUAUUCCCAUAUACAAAUAAAAGUGAUCGUAAAAAAAAGAAAUCGGCUGAGGAAGAAAUAAAUGAAUGGGAAUCUCUCUUUGACCCGCAGUUUACCUUUGGAUCCUUUCAUCAAGGUAUUUUCAACUCUACAGGGAUAGCCUUUACAUCUACAGAUGACUAUUUUUAUAAAGGAAAAUGGCCAUUAGCAUAUGAGGACAUGAUUGGUAUGAUACCAUCCACAACUAAAAUAACGACACAUGAAAAAGAGGACAGUCAUGGUCCGAUUCAUGGACAGUCUAAUUUAAACUUGUUUUUAUUUUCGCAUGCAUCAGAUCCUAUCCUUCCUGAUAUUACACAAUUGGAAAAAAUGAUGAUGAAUAAAGAAACCUAUCUCGACUCAACAAGCCGAAAUAAGGAAGAAAACAAUACGAAAGAACGACACAAUCAAAACUGCCUUUCUCCCUCUGCUGAGACAUCAUCCUAUAACAAAAAUAAAAACUCAAAAGAUGAAUUACAAUUAUGGAAUGAACGUCUUGAAUUACUCAAUACAAUACGUAAUCAAGUAUUCUGCGAGAAAUGGAAUGGUACAGUACAAAAGAGGCAGACUCAUAGUAACCGUAAAGGGUUUACAACAGCAAAAUUUCAACAGCAAUUGAAGCAGAAGGCAGAAAAGAUGAGGCAUGAAAUUCUUAUGGAGUCUCAUAAUGAUAAAAAAAGGCAACUAUCUAUACUAAUACGCAAUAAUAACAAUUUAUGUGACAAAAGAGUUCAUCAUCGAACUGAUUAUAAUGAACAAAAAAGUAUUAAAUUGUCAUCAUCGUUCAUGUUUGAACAAGUAAGUUCUAUCAAGUUAGAUAAUGAAUGUAAGAAAAUAGCAUUCAAUGUACCCGAAGAAGAUAUUGAGCAAUCAAAGUUAAAAGAAGAAAACCAGUUUUUCGAAAUGUCUAGGAAAAGAAGUCGACCUACAUUUUUGUUAUUUGUGUGUGGAUUCUUAUUUCCACCUUUAUGGAUCAUGAAUGCCCUUUAUGUUCCUCAUUCAUCUAAAGAAAGAAGUUUAGAUAGUAAAAGGAUUGACAGAAAGUGGCAGAGAUACUCAAGAAAUGCAUUUAUUGUUUUUUUUAUAUUCGCUAUCUUAAUCAUCCUAUUGAUAGUAGUUUUUAAGCCUGCGCUAAUAGGGUUUAGAAAAAUGAAUGAAAAAGUAAAUCAAGAAGGAAAAAUAGUUUUUGAUUAA